AUGUGGUUGCGACUUUCGCGGCCAAUAUGGCCCCUUACGAGCUUUGUGGGGUUGAUGGAUCUGAAGACGGGGGCUACCGUCAUUCUACUUUUUGCGUUGUUAAACAAGGUCGCCGGUGUCUACGGGCUCAUCACGAUUGUGACUGGUGGCAGCAUUGCUCAGCUCAGCAUGUAUUUCUAUUCCAUCGUGAUGCUAGUUGCAAUAUGGUGGCUUGGACUGCGUAUCAUCCUCUCGGAAAACCCAAGAUACACUUUCUGGAUCGCAUACGCGUUCCUGCUCGACCAUGUAAUUACUACCAUUUGGUUGGCCUAUUUUGCACUUGAGUGGUGGAUCUGGACACCACACGAUGGAAGACGAGUCGCGCAUUCUGCUGCGCAGGAAGCACUCAUCAACAGCGUAGCGGGGCACAACAUGACUGAUGCAGAAAGGGAGCUCGCGGCUCAGGCAAUCUGGGAUAAGGAGAAGGGCACUGCGGGAGGCGUAGUCGUGAUUAGUUGGCUUGUUAAGUGGUACUUCAUUGCGAUCAUGUUCUCAUAUGCGUUGCGUCUACGUGCCGGCAACUACCACUCUCUUCCAUCGUCGAAUGUCCCGCUCUCCUCUUUGCCUCAUCCCGAUCCAGAUACAGGAUUUCUGUCAGAUGAAGAGGACGACCUCGCACGAGAAGAGAUGGCACUUCAACAAAUCCGCUCCCCUACCUCGGCCCGCGAACCGGACACAGCAACUAGCAUGGGCAGUUUCCGAACUGCUCCAGUGCGGGGGAUUGGCAAUGGGACUCCACUCGGAUCGCCGUAUACCGCCAGUCCUGGUAGGACACGAUUCGAACGUAACGAGGUACUUUGGGAGCAACAGGGAGAUGAGGACCGUGGUCAGUAGAGGCUUGCAGCUCGGUGGACUGCGUUGUUAGACGAACCAGAUAAAGGCGCAUUUCGGAUUACUGUAUCAGUGCAAGUGGAAC